AUGGAGACCAAGGACGAUGACAAGAAGAUUCCCACCUUUGACGGCCGUCUCGAUACAUACAGAGAAUAUCGUCGACGAGCUCUUCUUUACUAUCACGGCCUCGAGGAUUCCAAACAGAGCUUGGCCGCUCCACGACUGAUUUCGGUUCUUUCUGGUUCGGCGUUCGAAUGUUUUCGCGAGAGAGAUCCUGGAGAUUUCCGAAAUACAGGUGGCGUGAAGGCCAUGUUAGACAUCCUUGAUGCCCGAUAUCAGUACACACCUGAACAAGAACUGUCAGAGUGGCUUGAAACUCUGCUCUACAAGUUACGUCGGCAGCAAGGUGAGGAGACCACAGCCUUCACAACCCGUUUCGAAACCACCGUGGCUAAGGCAGAGGAACUUAUGACUGAGGAGUUGAAGCUGGAGAGAAGGCGUCAUCAAGAUAUGAUCCGAGCCGAGUACAGACGCCAGAGUUUAGAUUUCAUUGUGGCGCAACAAGCACAUCAAGCGGCAUUGGCGGGACUCGGUGAUGGACAAGAUCCCCCUCCAGCUCCAGUUCCUCCGACCCCUCCUUCUGAACAGGCUCCCGUGGUUCCGUUUCGGAUGCCGGAGGUGAUGAAGGGUUUCCUGUAUCUGCGCAUCACCCUUCAAACAAGAGCAAGCUUACUUCGAUCAGCAGGCGGUUCACUUCGUUACGAAAAGGUCUCCGAGCUACUUCGUCGGACGGAGUUGGAUGCCCUCGUCGCUUCCCGCGGAACCAAGGUUUCGAACCAUGGCUAUUUCGCCGACUAUGAUGAAGAGGAGUUUGGCGACGAGCAGGACGAGGACUACGAUGAAGACUUCGACGAGGAUGAUGAGUUCGGAGGCUAUGCCGAGGACGAGGAAGAAGAUUUCGCUGAUGACGACGAGCAUAUCGACGACGACGGGGAUGAAGAUUACAAUACGGCUAUGAUUGGCUACUUGGAGGCCCGUAAGAAGCUGAUGAGCCUCAGGAAAGCUCGUGGAUUCAAGGACCCCGCGGAGGCUUCGGUCGGCAAGGGCGGCUCGGGUAAGAAAGGCAAGGGACGGGACACACGAGGUCGUCCCUGGCGUGAGGGUCGCUCGGGCCGCGGUGAUUUCCAGUGGCGAUCCGGUCAUGCUUCCUCUUCGGCUUCUAGGUCACAGAGUCAUUCGAGAGGCAAGGCCAACACUGGGAAGAAACCAAAGGGGCAAGGACGAAAGCCCAAGGGAGCAGGAAAGAGGAGUUACGAAGGCCGCAGAGGAGAUCCCAAUGGUGCACAGUACCUGGGUUGGGCGGCUCAAGCUCCUUCCUCAUCGGAUGUUCCUCCCAGCAGUGCUUUGCCGGCGGAGUUCAAGCCCGAGUUCAGCUUUAUGGCAUUCCCACGUCCCUCACACGGCAUUUCAGAAUUGGAGGUGGAGCGUUGCCUCAUGUGGGAUAGGCGCCGAUCAGGCCAUGCUAUCGUAGAUACGGGUUGCACCUCUACGUUGGUAGGCUCUGAGAGUGAGAAACGCUGGAAUGAGGAGUUGCAGAAACAGUCUGGAGGAAGUUUAAAGGCCGAGCGUGGACCAUCGGAUGUGAAGUUUGAGGGCAUCAAUGGGGAAGCACGGGCCACGUAUCAGGUAAAGUAUCCUGUGAGGAUAGGUGGCCGUGACGGUUUCGUUCAGGCUUCCGUGAUUCCGGGUAAAGCCCCAUUUCUGUUGUCCAUCCAGGCGCUCCGGCAGAUGCGGGCUAAACUUGAUUGUGAGGCGGAUCUUCUAGAGAUACCGGGGAUUGGUCGGAUCAAGCUUUCCGUGAACUCGGUAGGCCAUUAUCUUCUGCCGUUGUUUGAUUUCCACAAUCGGCCUAGCCCGCCUCCGGGUUUGGAACAGGGCCUGUCCGCUGCAACUGAGGCUAAGGUCGAUGGGCCGGAGGAUGAAAAUGAGCAAGAGGCAGAUUCAAGGCUCGGUUCAGUGAGAGUGAUGAGCGAGUGCCAGUGUGUGAUCAAGGAGGCGACCACACCACCGGCAUACGCACAUGUGGGCAGUCAUCUGGUGGAGACCUUCUCCAACGGGUAUGGUCAAACAUGGCACUGUGCAAUAUGCCGCGGCAAAUGCAAGAUUUGUCGGGGCCGAGUGGCGAAAUGGGUGCGGUCCAGCGGACAGUUGACUUACACCCAUCGUCGGGAUUGCGAGUGCACUAUGAUUCCAGGUCCCACGGUAUCUAUGCAGAUGUCUCCACUCGUCACAGGCGAUCACAUCCGCGUCGCCGACGCCGAAAUCCAUCUCCCGAAAAGCAAGAGCAUUCCAUAUCCAUUCGACAUUCGCAAAAUCACGAUGCAAAAGCAGGAUGUCCACCCGAAGGCACUGCCAGCAUCAGCAAUGGCAGCACCGGAGUGGAAUACUACACGAUCCACGGACAAUGUGGAAGCGAUUCCGAGGGUCAGGGCGACGAUGACGACCGAUCAAGUUCAAGCUUUGCGUGCCGAGGUACCGUCAUCAACAAUGGCAUCGACAGCGAUGCCCGGUGCGAAAUCCUCAGCUCCAUCGCCAGCCCCAGCACCGGACCUCAAGGUUGUGUUGGAUGCAGUCAAGACGAUGAUGCAUCAGGAGUAUGGUGUGCAACCUACGGUGGUUGCCGAUGUUCCUAUGGAGAAGUCGUUGAUCGAGCAGGCGGUAGAGCUGGAGGGUCAAGCCGCCGAGCUUCUCGCAAGGGCAGCCUGGCUCAGACGGCAAGCUGGACUGUCGGGAGCUCCGUCGGUGAAUCCGGUGCCGCCGCGAGUGGAUUCCAUGACCUCGGGGGCGAUGUCAUCAACGGUGCCUUCGGUUGCGCGGAUGCCGGUGCCACCGGGGAUGAACGGUUCAGAGAGCGGCAGCCUAGCAUAUCAAAGGGUUCCCAACGAUCCCGACUUUUCGGAUGGUUGGGAGCAGCCUUUUCACGCCGAGCCACAAGAAGAGGGUGCCUACUUAGGUACAUCAUGGCCUAGGCUAUCGCCUGAGGUUGGUGUUGAUAUUCCCGUAGAACCUGGUUUGCAGCUACCGGGGGCGUGGAAGGCGACGGGGCCACUUGAUAUGAACAAGCGGGUUACGAGAGCACAACUCAGGACGUGGCUGGGUGCUCAAGCAUGGAAGAUCGACCGAGGUUCAACUGUAGGUCUCAUUGAGGUCUAUGCCGGUCGGGGUCAUUUGAGCGAUGCCCAUGAGCAGUUGUGCGAAGGCUCGGAAGCCGUUCGCUUGGGUUACAUGUAUGGUCAAGAGUUGCGAUCACCAGAAGGUCAAUGGUUCACGCUGUCCCUCAUCGAUCUGUGUAAACCUAGAGACGUUUACGUAUCGUUACCAUCCAAGAGUUGGUGUAGGUGGUCUAGCAUUAACGAGCGGCGAGAGCCCGGAGCUAGGUUAAGGGUCUUGCGGGACAGAUUGGAGGGCAGGAAGGACAUGGACCUUUUGUUUCAAAUCGUUGAUCGGCAGUCGCGAGGGCACCGCCAUGCACAUGCACAAAACCCGCAAACUUCCGUGGCCUGGUUAGAUAAAAGGUUUGGUGAGUUGAAGGUGCCACAUGGUUUUGUGACUUUUGAUGGGUGUGCUCUCGGACUCCGUCAUCCCAGGAGUAACCGUCCGAUCCGAAAGACCACCACGCUCUUCACGACAGCACGCGCUCUCGCUGAGCACAUUUCUCAGUUCAGAUGUAGCUGCGACUGUCAGCAUGAUCGAGCCGUGGGGAGCUUUCGGGGCAGAUCGGUUACCACCUGGAGUGAGGAGUAUUCGAAAGGUCUCGCUGAAGCCCUGAUUCAGGGAAUGAGGCCAGGCCUAGUGGAGCAAGCCAGUUUCCUUGCACCACUGCACUACGAUGAGCACGUUCAGUCGAACCCUGUGGAGCAAUGCUAUGUAGGUCAAGAUGGUAUUGUUCAUAGGGCGUAUCCGGUAGAUUCCCAGUCUGUUGAGUCUCCGAUCCCACCACCGGCUGUUUCACCACCGGUGUCUUCAGAGGCCUCAAGUGCCGACAAGCCGGCUACCGUGUUCAAGGUUACAGACACUGAAAUGUCCAAACAGCUGACGCUUCUGCAGUUCCCAGGCCGUUAUUCCAAACUCGAUUUGCCUUUGCAAGUGCAAACACAGCUGCAGAAGUGGUCUGGCUUGGAUGUGCACACGGUGGUCACGUCCAGAGGUCUAAAGUGUUUCGUGAAUCCUCCGGUGGGUGUUGUAUCGACUCGCCGAACCCCGCUUGUACGAAGCGGGGGCGUUUGGUACUUUGUAGAAUAUAAUCACGAACUCGGUUUGAGCAAGAAGAAGUUUCGCUUGCCACUUAAUGCCAACUUAGUUGUCAGCUUCUUCGGUGAUGUGCCAGCGCCUUCGCAGCCUCACAUUCCUGCAGACUCACAACCCAAAGAGCGUCCAAUUCCAGGUGCACCUCCCUCGUUUGCUGAUGCCCGGAAGGUCCACGAAUACCUGAAUAGAUUACACGUUGGACUCUCACAUCCCGGGCGGUCCGAGUUCAUCCAACAUCUACGCGACGCGGGAGCUGCACCAUGGCUGCUACAGCAAGCUUCACGGUUUCAUUGUGCCGUUUGUGAUGCUCUCAAGCCUCCACAACCACACAACGUCGUUGGAGGACCUAAACCCCGCUCGUUUAACAGCAUUCUGAGCAUAGAUACCUUGGAUUUAACAUUGAUCCGCGACGCUGUGCAGCAUCGAGUGUUCUUGCUCACUGCCAUUGAUACGGCAACAUCGUUUGCUCGCGUAUUCUAUCUGUCCUCCGGUGACGCGGAGGCCGCCGUGCAGUCUCUCAAGCGGGGGUGGAUAGACAGUUACGGCGCGCCCGAAUACAUCUAUGCAGACCCUGACACCAUCUUCCGUUCCGAGACUUUUGCUGCUUUCCUCACUAGGCACGCCAUUGUUGAGAGACUGUCGGCAGCCCAAGCCCCGUUUCAGCAUGGUCAAAUCGAGCGUCUACAUCGUACGAUCCGGCAACAAGCCCAACGGGUAUUCGAGAGUGAGCCAACUUGUAGCGCGUAUGAAGCCGCGGUAGAGGUAGUCCAAGCUAGAAACGAACUAAUGCGGGUUGAAGGAGUGUCGCCGGCAGUACUCGUGUUUGGCAAGCUUCCGAAAGCACCGCCCACGUUCGCAGAAGGAGACGAAGAUUUCCGACUUUUAGCCGAGCGGUUGCAAGGAAGUGAUCCGUUAUACGAAGUUAUGAUGCUCAGGCGAGUGGCAGCUCGCACGGCGUGGGUACAAUCCGAGGUCAGAGAUCGCACCUCCCGAAUUAUGACGACUAGGUCUAGGCCCUACAAGGGACCUUACUACCCAGGUCAAGUGGUUUUAGUGUAUCGUCGUAGAAAGGGAGAUGCGGCCAAUCCAGGCAGAGACGGCGUGUGGUUGGGACCGGGCGAAGUCAUUGCUGUAGAAAGUACCAAUGAUCGUUUGGUUCCAAGGGUAGUAUACGUCACUGUGCAUGGCCGGCUUUUCUUGUGCAGUCCUGACCAGUUACGCCCGGUCUCCGUGAAGGCGGAAUGGGUCAUGCAGAAGCUCCAGGAAGAAGGUUUAGCCAAGCAGCGUAAUUUUAGUGAGAUGCGAAAGGUUCGGGGAAUAGACGUGAGAAAUGAAAGGCCCAGCUCCGCGGAAUUGGAAUUGGAAUAUGAGCAACCUGAGUCAACUGUAGUUUUAGGGGACCUCCAGGGUGAGGCCGAAUAUGAUCCCUAUCCUCAGGCCCCUCCUACUGCACCUGGAACUCCCGUACCAGGUACUCCAGUGCCUGCUACACCACGUUUAGGACCUGUACGUUCAGCCGAACAACCGCCAGAGCCCGUUCAGGUUCCUGACGCUUCCAGCACGGGAGUGCCAACCUUAGCAGUGCCAGAAGACACACCAACACCACCGGGUGGUGAACCAAGCGGGGGGGAAUCGCUGGUGGGGGAUAGGGGCACUAAGCGCGUAUCUGAGUUUCAUCGAGCCGUUGAAGAAAUGUCAAGGGAUCGGUCUGUGCACGGUCCGCCUCCAACUGCUGAGGUAGCACCACUGCGCGGGACCACAGUCCCACCUACUGUUCGUACGGGUUUAGAGUCGGAGCCGCGACCACGCAGUAGGUCACCACCACCUCGAGAAGGGAGCUUCUUGUCGUUUUCUGACUUUGACGGCAUGCCUUCGGAUCACUCUUUGGAGGCGUGGUUUUCAGAAUCUCAAGAGCACGAUUACGAAGCGACUUCCGUAGGAUUGGAGUUCGAUGUAUGGCUAGAUGAAAUUCAAGAUGAAAUGUCGGUCUGUUACUUAGUCCGUGAGAUGGCUCUCAAUGCAUCCAUGGCUCGCAAGCGGGCGGUGGAAGUCUCUGAGCGCCACCUCACAGCUCAGGAGAAGGCCAUGUUCCGAGCAGCCAAGGCUGCGGAAUGGUCACAAUGGGUCGGUAACGACGUCGUCGAACUCAUAAGUAGGCACGGUGUAGAUCCUAGGAGAGUUAUCGCUUCACGCUGGGUGUUGACUUGGAAGUCAGUACCAGGGGAAGUGUAUCAAGGUCCUGGGGGAGCCAAGGCCAAGGCACGACUAGUCAUCAGAGGCUUCAGGGAUCCCGAUUUAGGUCAGUUUAGUACGGCUAGUCCCACUUUGUCGCGGCAAGGACGUCAUGCAAUCUUCACGCUAGCUAGUCACUACCAAUUUCGGGUGUUUACUCUAGAUGCUAAGACUGCUUUUCUCGCAGGUGACCAAACCUCAAGAACGAAGCCAAUAAACACCGAACUACCCAAAGAUCUUGUUGAGGAACUGGGUUUAGGAGCCGAUGUCAUCGCAAGGAUCAAGAAAGUACCUUACGGCUUAAGCGAGGCCCCUUUAGCUUGGUACAGACGACUAACUGCGGAGUUAGAGAAGUGUGGUUUCGAACAGGUUCCGGCAGAUCGUUGCGUGUAUGUGCUUCGUCGAGAGGGUCAGAUAUUGGGAAUUGUUGGUGCCCAUGUUGAUGACCUGUUAGUUGCUGGGUGUUCGUCCAGUGUUGACCCUAGGUUUGAAGAGGCUAUGGCUAAGCUCGUGGCGCGACUUCCGUUCGGAGAGCGUAAGUACGCAGACAUGGCGCCUGUCCUCUACACAGGUCUGAACGUUAAACAACAUCCACAAACACGUGCCAUAACCAUUGAUCAAGCGCACUACGUAGCAAAACUGAAGGUACUUCCUACUCGCAAGCUGUCCGAAGGUCUCUUAGACAGGCAAGGUCAGACACAGUUUUGGUCUCAGCUUGGUGCUUUGCUGUGGGUUGCAGUUAACACACGUCCAGACGUAGCCUACGACGUUUCACACUUUGCCUCGUAUGGUUCUCGUCCCGAGAAGCAGCACCUUGUUUCCUUGAAUAAGAUAGUUAGGACCCUUCAAGCACGUGAUUACAGCAUUACCUUUGCCAAGGUAGCAGAACAUUGGGAUGACCUUACUCUCGUAGUGUUUUCUGACGCAGGCCACACUUCGCGGCCCUCCGGCCAUUCUCAGUCCGGUACGGUUGCGUUUUGGGCUCCUAAAGAAGUGCUGGCCGGUAAGGAGGUUCGGGCUGUGCUAGCUGAUUACUCCAGUUGCAAGAUAGAUAGGGCCGUGUGGUCAAGCUACGCGUCAGAGUUGCAAGCUGCGACUAUCUCAACAGAUGCUUCCAUCAAUCUGAUGUUGCUUUACGAGCAAGUGUUUUACGGUCUGAAGGCAAGACAGGUUAAGGAGAAACUCACUCAAGGUAGUACAGUGCGGGCUCUUGUUACUGAUAAUAAGGGUUUGUACGAUUCCAUUCAGACCGAGAAACCGUCCACUAGGCAAGGAGUGAAGAUGCAGUCCCUUGUGUACCAGAUUCUCUACGACCUGGUAGUUGACUAUGGGUUCCAGACUUUCUGGGUUAAUGGGUCGCAUAUGUUGGCAGACGGUUUGACAAAGCUUAGUUCGUCUGGUGCACAAGUCGAUGCAAUCCGCAAGGCUCUGAUGGAGAUCGUUAACGAGGGCCGUGGUGAUGCCACCGCGACAGAGCCAGCGCUCACCGAACGUGCGCAGUCGUCGCCAUCAUCACCUGCCUCCAGUGCAGACGGUCGGCCCAUCGACCGCUUCGCACCCGACCUCACAGCUCUGGCCAAGGAGGGUCGGCUGGACCCCUUCACGGGCCGAGAGGCGCUGCUGAGCCGUGUGGAGCGAGCCCUUGGCCGGCGGAUGAAGAGAAAUGUGCUCCUUGUGGGCGACCCUGGUGUUGGGAAGACUGCCGUGGUAGAAGCUUUGGCGCAGCGAAUUGCAGCGGGCCGUGCCCCUACUUGGCUGUCUGGGAAGAGGCUCAGGAGCCUGGACGUGGCACUGCUCACCGCGGGGACUCGUCUGCGGGGCGACUUCGAGGAGCGACUGCGCUUCCUCCUCGAAGACGUGGACCAGGAAGGCAGUGUGCUGUUUAUCGACGAGGCGCACACGCUGAUCGGAGCUGGUGCCACGGGGUCCAGCCCGCAGAAUGCGGCCGACAUCCUGAAACCUGCGCUGGCUCGCGGCCAGCUGCAGUGCAUCGCCGCCACAACUAUGGAGGAGUAUUUCCAGUACUUCUCCCGGGAUGCAGCCCUGGAGAGGCGCUUUGAAGUGGUGGAGGUGGAGGAGCCCACAGCCCAAGAGACGGUGGUGGUGUUGGAGGGUCUCCGGAAUCACUACGAGCGCUACCAUGGGGUUCGGUUCCAAGAUGCUGCCCUGGCCUCGGCAGCACUCUGGUCGGAGCGCUACCUGCCUGAGCGCAAGCUGCCGGACAAGGCGAUUGAUGUGAUGGACCGCAGCGCCGUCUUGGCGAAGGGCAGAGGAGGAGGUGGAGGUGGCACAGACAAGGUGUUUGUCGAGACAGAGGACGUCGCUGCUGCCCUCGAAGAGUCUGUGGGCAUGAGCCCGGGGUCCGUGUCCGAAGUGGAAGCCCGGAGCAUCCUCGACCUGGAGGAGGCUCUGCGAGCCCGAGUGCGUGGCCAGGAGGCUGCCGUACGUCUCGUCGCGGCGGCAGUGGCUCGGGCCCGGGUGCAGCUGCAGGAGCUUCACCGUCCGAUCGGAUCGUUGCUGCUGUAUGGGCCUCCAGGCGUGGGCAAGACCUCGCUAGCAGCAGCCCUCGCAGAGGUCUCCCUCGGCUCGCGCAGUGCUAUGGUGAGGAUCGACUGUGCCAGUGCCUCCAGCGCUGAGGGCGCAGGAGCCGCUCUGGUCAAGGGCGUCCGCAGGCGACCCCACUCCGUGGUCCUCAUCGAUGAGGCGGACAAAGCACAACCCGAGUUCCUCGGGUUGCUCCUGGAAGUACUGGAGGAAGCCUCUCUGACGUUGCCCGGUGUGGAGGGUGUUGGCCGAGCAGAUUUUCGACAUACCGUCAUUAUCCUCACAUCAAAUGACCCGGGGGGGCCCUCCUCGCUGCCACGGGCGCUGGCCGAUCGCCUCGACGGCUGGGCUUGCAUGAGGUCGCUGACUUCUGAGACGAUUCGGGAGGUCUUCGAUGGCUUGGUGGAGGACUUUCAAGGCCGGCUGCAGCGCAGCUACCCGAUGGCGUACCUCGAGCCCACCGGUCGUUGGCGCGAAGAAGUCCUGGCGAAGACUGGAGAGCUUGCACUGCUCGCCGGCAAGGUCGCCAUCGUCACCGGUGCCUCCUCUGGCGUCGGUGCCGCGCUCUCGCGGCGCUUGGCUGAACGCGGCUGCAGUGUGGUCAUAAAUUUCUCCAAAAGUGCCGAUGACGCGGCAAAGGUUGCCGAGGGCUGUUCAGCCAGUGGUGCUCAGGUGCUCCUAUGCCAAGCGGAUGUUGCUACUGAUGCCGGUUGUGAGAAGCUCGUGGCAGAAACAGUCAAAAGGUUUGGGCGAGUUGACUUUUUGGUGAACAAUGCCGGUACAACGAAGUUUGUUCACCAUGGCGACUUGGAAGGUCUAAACUCUGCCGAUUUCCGACGCAUCUACGACCUGAAUGCCAUCGGCGCCUUCAACAUGAUCCGAUUGUGUGCUCCACACAUGAAGAAGGCCGGAGGAGGUCGCAUCGUCAACGUCUCCUCGGUAGCCGGCGCUUACCACACUGUUGGCAGCUCCGUGGCCUACUUGAUGUCAAAGGCUGCACUGAACGCUCUCACCGCAGUCAUGGCCAAGGUUCUCGGGCCGGAGAUCGUCGUGAAUGCUGUUUGUCCUGGAUUCAUUGAAGGCCGAUGGCUUCGAGAAGGCAUGGGUCCUGAUCUUUACGACUACGUCAAAGAACGUCUGGAAACCAGCAUCCCCAUGAAGGCCGUGGCAACCCCGGACAAAGUGGCGGCGACAAUUCUCAUGCUUCUGGAGGCAAGCGAAACCCAAAUCACGGGACAGUGCAUCGUUUGUGAUGGCGGAAUGGGGCUCAUGAGAGGCCCCAGCUGA